AUGCAGGUCAUCGCUGCUGGUCUUCCACGAUGCGCAACAUCUUCACUUCAAGCUGCUCUGGAAUCUCCCCAUCUGGGAUAUUUCCCCUGCAUGCACAUGGCCCAUGUGAUGCCCAGCAAUGAGCGUGCCGAAAUCGUCAUCGAAGCCAUGCAAGAAAGCGACAAGAAGAAGCGACAGGCACUCCUACACAGGAUUUUCGACGGCUACAAGGCCUCUGCCGACUUUCCUGGGUUCUGGUUCAUCGAAGACCUUAUGGACAUGUACCCAGACGCCAAGCUGAUACUGAAUCAGCGAAAGGGAGGCGACGAGUCUUGGCUGCAGAGCUGGAACAACAGCCUUGCGUUCUUCCGCACCUGGACGUAUCUGCUGCUCUGCCUGCCCGUCAAAAACGACCGUCUUCACUGGCAUAUGCACCAAAUAGCAAAGAAGCAGAUAGGCAAGCGGUGGCACACAAAGGAUCUAGAUGGCUUCUAUGACGCAUACCAGACGUUUGUGCUCGAAGAGGCCAGGAAGCGAAACCGUGAGGUAUUGACUUGGACGGCCGAGGAUGGCUGGGAGCCGCUGUGCAAGUUCCUGGGCAAGGGUGUGCCAAAGGAGGAGCCAUUUCCCUGGGUCAACGACGCUGCAACCAUGACGCUCAUCAAGAGGAUCCUCAUCGCGAGGGGAGUUGCAUCGUGGCUGGCAAUCUUUGGCAGUGCUUAUGCGGCAUGGACUUAUGGACCAGUUCUUGUGCAGAAUGCAUCGCAUCUCGCUCAGCACCGGCUGCGGCACGCUCGUCAGCUGCUGUAA